AUGGCUACUCAGGUGCCCCCGUCGACCAAGCUCACUCCAGAGCAGUACAGGCCCCUCCCUCCAGCGGCGGAGCUGUACGAGCCCGAAGACUACAAGGAGGCGUUCAGCGUGCACAAGUCACACAAGAGCAUUAGCAAGUUCUCCGACCCUUGCAAGAAGGCCUCCAAGGCGUCGCUCCAGUGUCUCGAGCAGACGCACUACAACAAGGGCGAGUGCUACGAGUACUUCCUGGCGUACCGCGAGUGCAAGAAGAAAUGGCUUGAGCAGCGAAAGCAGGACCGCCUCAACGGUGUUAGCUGA